GGCCUUGGUAUAUAAUGAACACUUGAUUGGCCACUGGGGGCAUUUGCGAUUGCGAGCGGCUUGUUUUUGUAGGCGGUAAUAUAAGCCGGUUGCUUAUCUAUUUUUCUUGUUACUAGGUGCUUAUCAAUUGGGAAAAUGACAAAGACGAAAUUCUACUACUUCAAUAUACGAGCUCUGGGCGAGUCAUGUCGCCUACUGCUGACCUACACCGGCGAGGAAUUUGAAGACCACCGUGUUGGCAUGGAAGAAUGGAAGGAACUGAAACCAAAAACGGUGUUCGGUCAGCUGCCGAUCCUGGAGAUGGACGGCAAGCAGUACGCGCAGAGUAACGCCAUCUGUCGCUACCUCGGCCGCAAGCACGGCCUCGCCGGAGACACGAUCGAAGAGGACCUCAUCAUUGACCAGAACGUCGACUUCCUCAAUGAUAUUAGAAUCAAGGCGGCCGCAGUGCACUAUGAGAACGACGAGACGGUGAAAGCCAAGAAGCACGAAGAUUUUGCCAAGAACGUCUACCCUGCAAUGCUCAACAAGCUUGAUGAAAUCAUCAAGCAGAACAACGGUCAUCUCGCACUUGGCAAAAUACCCAACUUGAAAGAGAAGUAUCUCAGUUUUAAGAAGCUCUACGACACCGUCUUCUUCUUCCCCAAGAUCCAGGACUACGUCUCUAAAUUGCCUACGCCAGUGUACAACUUUUAACGCGCCUGUAAACCAUUGUACAACUUCUAACACGAUGUGUGUAAAUCAGUGUUCACCGUCUGGCAUUUCUAUUGACCAUGCUACAAUAUCUUAUAGGUCUAUAGACCAUUGUACAACACCUAAAAUAUCUGUAAACCAUUGUACAAUAACUCACUUGUUGUUAAACUAUUGUAUUAUAUCAAACGUGAUUAUAAACCAGUCUUCAAUACCACACUUGACCUUUAACAAUUGUACAAUAACUAACAUGUAUAUAGACUAUUCUACAAUAUCAAACUUGGUCUUUGACAAUUGCAGAAUAUCAAACAUGUUUAUAAAACAGUCUACAAUAUCUAACAUUUCUGUAAAAAAUUCUAUAAUAUGUAACGCGUCCUUAACAUCUUCUACAAUGCCUGAUAUAAAUUUAACCCAGUGUACCAAAAACAAUUUCCUUAAAACAUUGUACAACAUCUCAGACAUGACCAUUAACUGAUGUACAAAUCUUAACAUGCCUGUAAGCCAGUUGUACAACAUGUAACAUGUCUGUAGGUUUACAGUUUAGGAAUUUAGGGUUUUAUUUCUUUGAGUAUAGCGUGUGUAAAAUGGUUAAAAAUAAUAACAAUAUAUGGCGUGAUAAAGAACUGCUUUAUUCGUCGCCUUAAUAUUUUAACAUUUGAAAUGCAAAGUGCCUUACAUGUUGCAUUAUUAAUUGAUGUCAUUCAAGUGUCAUAAAAAUAUUUUAAGGUGAAUUACAGAAAAAAGCACAACAUAUAAAUGU